AUGAUCCAAGCCUCGCAUAUCACAGGAUUUAUUUUUGCUCAUCUUCAACUUGCCAUGCGAAGGUUCUACUACGGAAUUUCACUUGGGAUCCCUGCUGAGCCUUUGCUCUAUACCGAGGCGAGAACCAAUCCUAUCACGGACAAAGCGCUGAAGCCUACCAAAUCGCAGGAUAGAGAAGAAAUUGAAGGUAGUCAAAUGAAAGAUUUACUGUCAGUUGACACUCACAUCUACUCGAGCCCUCCGAGCCUUUACUUACGAACACAAGAGCUGGCAGUAGUAAGGCGGCAGAACUUAUCGCUGUUAUUGCCACUUCUUAAAGAUGAUGCCAUGCACAAUUGA